AUGGGACCAAUUCCAAACGAACGUCCUCAAGUACAACAUCCAGAUGACGGUAUUUUUUUUAUUUAUUUAUAGUUUUAAGUUUCAAGUGUUAUUCAUGUUUAUUUAUUGAUUUUUAGACGUAACUCAGUUUGAGCAAGAUGGCUGGGAAGUCGGGUAUGAUGUCCAAUUCAAUGGUAUUGGAAUGGUAAAUAUAGAAGGCUCAGACGACGACUCAGACAGCGGUAAGUGGGUAUUAUUCAUGAAUUUUUUUGACCUUAGGAUAAAGGAAAGGGCAAUAAAAUAGGACUGGAAGACAUUUGAAUAAAAAAGAUAAUGUUUCCCGAGUUUUUUCCAGAUGGAUACGUUGGUCCCGGAGAUUCCGACGAUGAGGCCAGAAGAGGCGGUUAUGUGACAGUACCUUCCACUUGUGAGUCUGAUGAGGAGAAAGAAGAGAACACAAAGAAAGGAAAUGUGAAUGAAACUGGAGAAGGAUCCUCGGAGAUGGUCGAAGAAGCCAUGGCCAAACUCGGCUUUGUUGGAGCUCCAGUUCAAAAGGAAUUUCAAAAAGUAGGUAAUUUGCAAAUAUUCUUUAUGUGUUUAGGCAAUAGAACAAGCCGAAGAGGUUCAUCUAAAAGAUUCUGACUUCAAAAUUGAAAAGAAAUCACAGGACAUCGAUCUGACCGCGGAGAAAGUCGACCAAAUAAAGAAUGCUAUGAGUAAUUUCACCUUGCCACCUCCUCCAAAUUGGAACAACCUUGACAUUGAUUCUAAGCUGCUAAACUUACUCAAGAAGAACUGA